AUGAGACGCGCCGUGGACGGUCGGUCCUGCGUGGGGAGCACUGUGCCGCUGCUGCGGCAGGCCCGUGAGCUUCUGUCGCAAAGUUGUUUGUCUCCUACGCAAAUGAAGAGUUUAGCGAGGGUAACAGAAAUGCUGAUUGACUACGCGGUGACCCGUCUGCACUCCAGCCUGUCGGGAUACCAGCCCAGCCGCGCAGUUGAGCGCCUGGGGAUACGUUUCCUCUUGCUGGAUGUGGUGGUCUCCACCCUCACAGUCCUCGGGCAGAAACCAGAUCCGGGACCUUGGAAAAUAUUCACAGAUGCCAUUGGUCAUGGAGCCCCACUGACGGGUACAGGGCGGCUCAGGCGAGGGCGACCGAAUAUCUCAGUAAUUCGGGCUAGGGAACUCAGCAGGGCAAUACAAAUACUUAAGACGGGAAAGAGGCCGGAACCCUCGGACCUCGUGCAGAUCAAGCGGAUGCUUUUCUGCUGGACAUCGUCUCCUACGUACUUUCGAAGAGGCGAGUUCGAUCCCUGGAGGGAGGAUGACAACUUCGGUGACGGAGGGCCUUAG